AUGCAGAUUUUGAUAUUUUUCAAGGGCUUGCCUUCUACCGGGAGGGCUAAGAGAACUAAAAAGGUCGGAAUCACUGGUAAGUACGGUGUCAGAUACGGUUCUUCUUUGAGAAGACAGUGUAAGAAGCUCGAGAUCCAGCAACAUUCCAAGUAUGAUUGCUCUUUCUGCGGUAAGAAGACUGUCAAGAGAGAUUCUACUGGUAUUUGGACUUGUAAGUCUUGCAAGAAAACUGUUGCCGGUGGUGCAUACACCAUCUCCACAGCUGCCGCUGCUACUAUCAGAUCUACAAUCAGACGUUUGAGAGAGUUGGCUGAGGCUUAA